ACACAAGGUACAACUGCGUUGCGUAUACACGGGUAGUAUGGACGCGUUAGUUAUGGCGGAUGAUAAAGGAUCAUAUGCACCAGUACAAAAUGAUAAGUCGAAAGUGGUCAUCAGAAAAGACCCAUCGCGUACGCUUAGGUGGAUCAUAGGUGGGAUCAUUGUGUCGGUUGCUCUGUUGAUAGCGGAGAUGUGGUGCCUCGUUAGCACUGUCCAGUCGAUCAACAACUUGCAGAAUGCUGACCACCAGAGCACACCACCUACAAGCAGCAGUCUACGAAGUCCGUUUCAGCUACCUACGGUUCCCUGCAACAAAUCGCUGCCUUGCUUUGUGGUGGAAGAUGACAUUUAUACAAAACUGGUGAAACUUUUUAAUGGUGCAAAGCGGCAAACCAUGAUUAGGACGGAAAACCGGAAAAACAAAAGCAAAUCUGGGUUGAUGACCAGGCAAAACUGUGAACAAUUCUCUGUUUCAAAUUGUACUGGUAGUCAUCUAGACUGGAGAAGUGAUUUCGGUAGAAUCAACAGUGAAUCAAAUGGAUCGGUAGUAAUCAGUCAAAACGGUACUUAUGGAAUGUAUACUAUAUUUACUCUAAAGUGCCCGUAUGGCAAUUCUAUAAACAAGACUGAAGUCACACAUCGUGUAAACAGACAAAAACAUAACGAUGCUUCCGAGGUGCUGUUUGAAAGGAAAAUUGUUUUAAAACCACCGAAUCAAGCCUUCAGAACGAGUACGUUUUUUGAAUAUGUAGAUUUACUCAAAGGGGAUCAGGUAUACCCUUCACUAUCAGACACAUCGUUCCUAUUUCGAAGCCCAAAGGCCAACAUGUGGGGAGUUUUCCUGAUCAGAUAAAAUUCGCAAUGAUUUCCUGCAUUGCGAGCUAAAAAUGUAGACGCGAUGUCUACAUCUUUGGCGAGCAAUGCAGAAAAUCAUUGCGAUCAAUGCUUACAACCUGAAAUGCCCCGUUUCAUCAAUAACUAACAGACAGUCUUCUGUGAUGUAAUAUUUUACCUAGAUUUCCAUAGUUUCAUAACGGGUGACGUCGAUUUAGCAGAAGACGCUUAACUUUCCAGAAUAUGUCUUAUGUUUCAUGAAUUUCUCUGGGGUCUCUGGGGUCUCUAGGGUCUCCCUAUGUCUGGAGUCUCUGGGAUCUCAGGGGGUCUCCCUAUUUCUGGGGUCUUUGGGGUCUCCUUGUCUAUGGGGUCUCUGGGAUCUCAGGGGGUCUCCCUAUCUCUGGGGUCUCUGGGGUCUCUUUGUCUAUGGGAUCUCUGGGGUCUCAUGGGGUCUCAGGGAGUCUCCCUAUCUCUGGGUUCUCCCUAUCUCAGGGGGUCUCUGAGGUCUUUGGGGUCUCCCUAUCUCCGGGGUAUCUGGGGUCUCUGGGGUCUCCCCAUCUCUGAGGUCUCUGGCGUCUCCCUAUCUCUGGGGUAUAUGGGGUCUCUGGGGUCUCCCUAUAUCUUGGGUCUCCCUAUCUCUGUCGUCUCUGGGGUCUCCCUAUAUCUGGGGUCUCUGGGGUCUCAGAUGUAUCAGGGGUCUCAGGGGUCUCUAUGGACUCUGGAGACUCUGGGGGCUCUGGGGUCCCCCUAUCAAUAUUUUCUUCGAAUUACGGUUUUUUUACUACGUCGAAGUUCUCUUUAUUGUUUUGUGUACGUGUGAGUGUGUUUUGCGUGAACUAAUGUUAUUUUUAUAAUUUUUGUAUUACAUAACCGUGUACAAACAAGGAUACAUAUAGUUUUUUUCAUAAUCGUCUUUUGAUCUGAGAUAUUUUAUGAGAAUCAAAUGUAAACAUAUUUAUAAUUAUAUAUGGUGGAAAAAAGCAAUAAUGGAAAUAUUAUACCAAUAUGUACACCUGUAAUUUAACGAAUCGUCCGUAUUCCUUAAUCAAAGUGCCGUGGCUUACUUAGAACAUAGAAGGACAGUAUUGAGAUUCAGAAGCACGAAGUCAGGUUAAAGGCAAAAUCCAUGUAUUUGUACCCUUAACAUCAAUAGUGGAUCUUUGACCUGAUUAUAAAAGUUGAUCGGUUAUGUUAUUAAUAAGUAUAAAUUUAUAAUCAAAUACCUUUUUGCGAAUUGACUCUACGAUAACUAGUUUUUUUCAUAUGUUUUAAUAUAUAUUUAGCGUAUUACAAUGUAACAAAAAUUUGCUAAAAGUUCCACCAACGAGGUAUGAUUUGCCGAAUAUAUACGAUUUUAUGGCGUUGCGACCCGUUAAAUGAUUUAUAUCUUUAAUAUUAACCAUGUUUUCAUCUUUCGUUUGGUGUUGUCGUAUGAUAUCGUGUGGAAGUUUUACUGCACAGAAUGUCAGACGAGAUAGUUCCGUUAAAUAGCAUCAUAAAUUCCAUUAACACUAUUUUCAUUCCAUCAUAUUUUCUAUUUUUAUUUUUUUGUGUAAGUUGCACGUAUAUGUAAUUAUACCUAUCAAAUUAAGAUUUUUAGGCAAUCAUUUAUCAUUUUCAUGUUAUCUUUCAAUUUAUUUACGUUGCAAAUAUCUUCUUUGAUAUGAUUAACAUACAAUAUAUACACUAGAACACACAAAUGUAGAAUAAGAACAUUUGUUUUCUAGUGUUAUUCCCUCCGGUUCGAGUAAUCGGGAUAUCUUGUCCUUUUUCUCAAUCAAUAAGACAUCGAGGAGACCAAAACGAAUCGUCUAAAUCAAUUGAAAUGGCUUGUAUAUAUAUUUUGUAAUUUCAUUCCUUUCUACACCACCCAUCUACUGGCUUACUUCCAUACCUCUGUUGAAACAUUUACCAUUGGAUAUCUUCCAGCACGUGACCCUUUACAACUUCCUUCUGUUGACGGACAAAACCAUGAAAAAUCAUUUUAUAUUAUUGCUAUUUGUAUGUUUUUAGCUAAUAAAGAUAAUAAAUGAUGAAUAAUCAUUUAUACUAUUUUUCGUGAAUUAUGUUGUUGAAUGUUGGUAAAUGCUAAUUUAGAAUACUUGUAAAGAAAUGAAUUCAAGUAUUUUCCUAUUGAUUUCUUCAUCUUACCCGGUGUUUUUAUUCCGUUGUGAAGUUUUAUUUUAAUGGGUGUAUAAUGAAAAGGUGGAACUGGUCAGGAUAUAAAACGUUCCCUAUCAAGUUCUUAUAUGAUUGAUGGAUAACAAGACAACGAUACAGAAAACAUUAAGAUAUAGGGAUGUUUACCCUUCAUAGAUUUCGUUGUACUUAUGAUAUUUCGGAUCACAGGUUCAAAGGUUGUUGCUAAGACAAUACCGUGACUACCACAGUAUUGUUCAUUCAGCUGAGUUUUUAAUAGACCCGCCAUUUGUCAUACAAUACGCGCUGUUACAUAAUGAAUGUGAGUUAUAAUAAUAACAUUUUAAACAACGACUUUGCUUUGUUUUAGAACUAUAUUGUAUUGACAAUAAUGAAUGUGAGGUAUAAUAUUAACAUUUUAAACAACGACUUUGCUUUGAUUAAGAACUAUAUUGUAUUGACAAUAAUGAAGAUGAGGUAUAAUAUUAACAUUUAAAACAAUGACUUUGCUUUGUUUUAGAACUAUAUUGUAUUGACAAGUCUUUCAAUAAGUUCAUAUGUCUAUGUACCAUAAUAAAGGAUUAAAUGCAGUGCGAUUUUAUAUCCAGAGAAAAUUAAGACAAGAAAAUCAAAUUAAAGGUAAUUAUCACGCUACUUCUGAUUUGUUGGGAUUCUAGGAAUAACAGAUAAUAUGAACAAUACAUCUAAGCGUAUUUUAAAGAGAAAAAUAUUCUUAAACGCCUCAAUAGGUGUUUUGUUGAAACGGUAUCUCACCAUUUUAACAAUUCAAAGAUGACAAAAUAUUCUGUAGGAAUACCCUUUUAUUUAUUAAGUACCUUACGUUUAAUUAAAAAUUUCCGUAUACAUUGUCCUCUGUAUAUAUGAAAGACAAACUAUUAAACAUUCAUUCCUGA